CCCUCCCUCCACCAGAAGCCAGCCAGCUCCAUUUCACCAACUUGUCCUCCUCCACCGUUAACCCACGACCAGCAGCGCAGCAGGCCAACAGAAGCUCUGCUCUCAAGUCUCAACUGCCGAUGGCCAAAUGCAGCAAGAUCCGCGACAUCGUCUGGCUCCGGCAGACCCUGCGGAGGUGGCGGUCCCGCGCCGCGGCGCGCGUGGCCGAGGGCGGCGCGGUGCCGGCGGGGCACGUGGCGGUGUGCGUGGGCGGGGCCUCGCGGCGGUUCGUGGUGCGGGCGGCGCACCUGAACCACCCCGUCUUCCUCGAGCUGCUCCGGCAGGCGGAGGAGGAGUACGGCUUCCGGACCGGCGCGUGUGGCCCCAUCGCGCUCCCCUGCGACGAGGACCGCUUCCGGGACGUCCUCCGCCGCGUCUCCUCCGAGGAGCGCCGCGGCCGUUCCUUCGGCUGCCGCGCGCCGGCCGCCAGCGGGCGAGACAUCGCGGCGCGGCCGUUGCUGCAGCGGGCGGCGGCGGAGGAGCUCGUGUGGUGACGGAUCGAUGGAAGGAACACGCAUAGGCCAUUCGGUGUACGUGCUCUGUUCGCAGGCGAGCUAGCGGUGGCGAAUUGCGGCGGCUGGUCUUCUGGACGCGGGAAUGGCGCAAGCAUGCCGCGGCCGAGAAGACUGCGCCCGCCGCCCGCGCGCACAGCAAGCGCCCGAGGCCGCAUAUCUGACUGAAGGGCGUGGUCCGGUGGUAGUGGCCGGUGGCGCCCCGAAUUGUGAAUCGGAGACGGCACCGCGCUUGAGCAACUGAGGCAGGCCCGCGCCCGGCGGGCGUGUGGCUAGCAAAUCUACUCUAGUACCAGCUCUGUACUGCUUGUACUGCUUGACAGUGGUCAGAAGAAACUUGUAAUGAUUACUUCAAGAAUAUGACCAUUUUUUUUGUGA